AUGCAGAAUCCUCCAAAUCGCACAUCCCGUCCGGCCGAUCCAUCUGCGGUUUCGUUUCUUACAACGCUACCCGCUGAAAUCCGUAACUGCGUGUACGAGUUGCUGUUCAAGCGCGAAGAUCCAGUCCUGCUUCAUAACGCGGAUGUUUACCAUGCGUCACAUCCUUUCCGUGGGGCUCUCGAGGAUUACUACAGCGAAUACGAAGACGGAGUCGGGAAAGACGAGGCAUUCCGACACGACUUUCAUGAGGGACUCGCUCUGCUAUCGUCUUGCCGCCAGAUACACGACGAAGCUUCUGGGAUCCUAUACGGCGGAAACACGUUCAUUUUCUCAAGACUGUUUGAUGAAGAGGAUUGUGACGAGUUGAACAGCCAUGAAGAAUACUCCCAGGUCGACUACGCGGCGAAGUGGCUGAACGAAAUCGAAACGCAAUUCAACCGCCUCAAGAAGGUUGUCAUUGAUGUAAAUGCGACCUGUUGUGAAGGUUUAUGUGCGGACAGCGAUGUGUUCGAAUUCUUGCCUCUAUUACGUUUUGUGUGGAAGAACCCGGACUCCCUCAAGAUAAUCUCGUUCGGAAGUGCUAGCGGAGCACUAUAUACGCACGAGCCUACGUUUGAAGCGGCCGAUAGAGAUGGAGAACCAUGGGUUGAUAGAGCGCGCAUGUUCAAUAACUUGCUCACUGCCUUCGCAGUACACGACGUUCUCGACAUACGCAAGUACGCGUUCUCUAACCAUCUCAUGUCUGAGAUCAGAAUACUCCAAUUUCCGGAACGGGAAUUGGGGGGUGCCGUGGGCAUGAGAGAUGGAAACGAAAUCGUAAUCGACUUGAACACACAUACCGUACGGGGCCUCGACUUCGGUAUCGCUCGAACAGGCCUAGUUCCCCGGCGCACCCUAGGGGAGCUUGUAUCACGUCUGAACCGAAUCAGCAUAAAGAUGACCAGCAAGAAGCCCGUUACAGAUUUUGACGGCUUCAAAAAGUUGGACGAUCUCCUGUCCAAGAGAUCCAAUCAUCCUACGGUCCUGGGAGCGAUGUUAAGUUCCUGGCCAGAGCCCCAUGCACAGACCCUUGUACUGGAAAUUGCUCCCGCCGAAGUGACCGCCCUCAGCACUGUCCGUAUUGACAUCAAAGAUUUGAUUACUCUACUACGCGACGGAUAUCCCCACCGUGUCUCCACCAUCUGCAUAACGCUCACUCCGCCUUCCCACACCGGGGCACCGCAACAAAGCACUACUGUCUCAACAGAGAAAUUACUGAGACAGACGUUCUUACUCCUAUCCGACUACAUACUUCAAGCAGAAGAGGAACUAUCUGAGUCUCCUGGUAUCAACACCGUGAAAGCUCUUCUCGAAGAACUGGACCCCUUCCCUGAACUCUGGAUAGACGGUUACGGCAAUCUUCUCCACGCCUCAACUGCCGAUAUGGACGCUCCAUUAAAAUUUCCCUAUGCCGAAUUCUUACGGCCGCUUCUACAGACCAUGGAGAACAAAGGAAAGCAGGUCGCGCCUUCCACUGAGAUCACAUCUGCCUGCGUCUUCGCAUUUUCCAAUCCUUUCGCAUACAAGAAGAUGGAGUCUUGCUACACAUUCCGCACCUGGGCCGGAGAAACCCUCACCAUAGCCUGCGCAAUCGGCUUGGUAGCCUCAAUCGCAGGCAUCCUAGCAGUAUACGACGGCAAACCUGUACCAGACUGGGGCAGCGACCUCAAUCUCAACGCUCUCAUCGCGCUUUUAUCAACAGUUCUGCGAGCUCUACUGGUCGUCACCGUUGCGCAGAUUAUAUCGCAAAGGAAAUGGGACUGGUUCAGCGUCACGAGCGCCCGGCCAUUGUCAGAUAUCCAGCGGUUCGACUACGGUAGCCGCGGGGCUUAUGGAGCGUUGCUUCUCAUUCCGACUGUUUUUCUCAAGGACUUUGUUACACUGGCUGCCGCGGUCGUGUUGCUACUGUCGUUCUUGGUGGGACCUUUCGCUCAGCAGGCUAAUGGUGGUUCAGACGGAGGCCCCACAACCGAUCUUGUUGCCGCAAUCCUGUCCAGCGUCGUAUCGCCCUACGGCAUUGAGAAUAAGAUACGCACCAGUUGCCCCACGGGGAACUGUACUUUCAGCAAUCUGGGUCCCAGACCAGAGCUGGAGAAGGCUUUCUUCGACUCUAAUCAGAGCAUGCAUUCGAAGGUUGGAAUGUGCAACAUAUGCACAAACGUGGCGUCAUUAGUGACAAGCAAGAUCGAGAGUACAGAGUGGAGUAACAACACCGUCCACUCUCUGCCCAGCGGCCUGAACCUAUCAGUAGGAGCAGGCCAUUUCGAAGUCUCAACCAUGAAGCCAACUCCCGACCUCACCUGGAUGGGCAGUCUCCUAACCGACAGCGUCAGAGAAGCAUCCAGAUGGGCCUACAUCAACGCAACCCUCCUCAACAUCGGAAGCACCCCCAUCACCGCAUCAGUAUGCAGCCUAUACCCAUGCACACGCACCUACAAAAGCACAAUCAAAGACUCCGAGCUCCACGAAUGGGAAGCCCCCUCCUCAGCCAUGCGCCUCCAAAUCCCCGGCGCCCACCACGAAGAACUCGACCUACCCACUUCCAGAAACAGCCUCUCCAACACGGAAUACUCAUACACAACACGCCGAGAGCCGUGCCGCGUAGGCCCCUGGACGCUAUACAGCGGCGGUUUCAUCCCCGAAGGCACCGCGACAGCGGAAUUACAGCUCUUCGACUUCACGCACGAGAAAUAUUCGUUUGAGAAUAUGACGUGGCCGGAACAGUGUAUAUAUCGGCAACCAGCCGAGUUCGUCAAAGCGGUCGCUAUGGUUAUGAAUGACGAUAUUUUCGAUGGGUAUUGCCAGUCGUACAAGACGUUUGAUUGCUUCAAGAACUGCAAAAACAGCGAGUUUUGCCAGUUGGAAAUAUGGUAG